GGAGCCCGAGGAGGGUGCUGUUUGCAGAGAGGUGUGUGAGAGAGCUGGGAGCAGAAGCGAAGCAGUCUGCCAGGGAACGCAGCCCCUCCCUCCCUAAUCACAGCCUCUACUCACGGGCUCCCUCCCUCUCCCAUUCACUCACUCACUUAGGGCCAAUCCGUUCUCUCUCUCUCUCCCUCUCUCUCUCCCUCUCUCUGUCUCCCUCCCUCCCUCUCUCCCUCUCUCCCUCCCUCACUCUCUCUGUCUCCCUCUCCCUUCCCCCUUCUCUCCCUCUCUCUUCUCACCCCCUCUCUCCUCUCUCCCUGUCUCUCUCUCCCUCCCAUCCUCUCUCUGUCUCUGUCUCCCCCCCCCCCACCCCGUGUCUCCCUCCCUCUCUCCCUCCCUCCUUCCUUCCCUCCCUCUUUCCUUCUCUCUUACUCGGAGACACUCAGAACUCUCCUCCCUGACAGCCACAAACCUACGGCACUGACUGCAUUCAGAGAGGGAACCUGCAAACAAAACUUCACAGAAAACUUUUUGUUCUUGUUCCAGAAAAUUUGCUGAAGAGGAGAAAGAGAAAAAAAAAAAAAAGGAAAAAAAAAAAAAAAGCACACCACCACCACUACCAAAAAAAAAAAAAAAGAACCUGUGCGAGAGGGGGGAGGAAACGCAGGGCCUUUAAAAAAGGCAAUCACAACAACUUUGGUUGCCAGGAUGCCCUUGCUCUGGCUCCGAGGAUUCCUGUUGGCAAGUUGCUGGAUCAUAGGGAGGAGUUCCCCCACGCCAGGAGCCGAGGGGCACAGCGCGGCCCCCGACUGCCCGUCCUGCGCGCUGGCCGCCCUGCCCAAGGAUGGACCCAACUCGCAGCCAGAGAUGGUGGAGGCGGUCAAGAAACACAUCCUGAACAUGCUGCACUUGAAGAAGAGACCCGAGGUCACGCAGCCGGUGCCCAAGGCGGCGCUUCUGAACGCCAUCCGCAAGCUUCAUGUCGGCAAGGUGGGGGAGAACGGGUUCGUGGAGAUCGAAGAUGACAUCGGAAGGAGGGCAGAACUCAAUGAGCUGAUGGAGCAGACCUCGGAGAUCAUCACGUUCGCCGAGUCAGGCACAGCCAGGAAGACGCUGCACUUUGAGAUUUCCAAGGAGGGCAGUGACCUGUCCGUGGUGGAGCGGGCGGAGGUCUGGCUUUUCCUAAAGGUCCCCAAGGCCAACAGGACCAGGACCAAAGUCACCAUCCGCCUCUUCCAGCAACAGAAGCACCCACAGGGCCUCCUGGACACAGGGGAUGAGGCCGAGGAGGUGGGCUUGAAGGGGGAGAGAAGCGAACUCUUGCUGUCGGAAAAGGUGGUGGAUGCUCGCAAGAGCACCUGGCACAUCUUCCCCGUCUCCAGCAGCAUCCAGCGGUUGCUGGACCAGGGCAAGAGCUCCCUGGACGUGCGGAUUGCCUGCGAGCAGUGCCAGGAGAGUGGUGCCAGCCUGGUGCUCCUGGGCAAGAGGAAGAAGAAGGAGGAGGAGGGGGAAGGGAAGAAGAAGGACGGAGGCGAAGGCGGGGCGGAGGAGGAGAAGGAGCAGUCGCACAGACCUUUCCUCAUGCUGCAGGCCCGGCAGUCGGAAGACCACCCUCAUCGCCGCCGCCGGCGUGGCUUGGAGUGUGACGGCAAGGUCAACAUCUGCUGUAAGAAACAGUUCUUUGUCAGCUUCAAGGACAUUGGCUGGAAUGACUGGAUCAUCGCUCCCUCUGGCUAUCACGCCAACUACUGCGAGGGCGAGUGCCCGAGCCACAUAGCAGGCACGUCGGGCUCCUCGCUCUCCUUCCACUCGACAGUCAUCAACCACUACCGCAUGCGGGGUCACAGCCCCUUUGCCAACCUCAAAUCGUGCUGUGUGCCCACCAAGCUGAGACCCAUGUCCAUGUUAUACUAUGACGAUGGCCAGAACAUCAUCAAAAAAGACAUUCAGAACAUGAUCGUGGAGGAGUGUGGCUGCUCAUAGAGCUGCCCGCCCUGAGGGAGGGGGAAGGGAGUGAGAGGUGUCCAGAAAAGACAGUGGCAAAAUGAAGACUUUUUUUUUUAAAGGUUUCUGAGUUAAACAACCAGAAAAAAAUAGAAAUUAAAAAAAAAAAAAAACUAACCUAAAAGCAAAACCUGAUCUGAUGAAACAGAUGAAGGAAGAUGUGGAAAAAAAAAAAAAAUCCUUAGCCAGGGCUCAGAGAUGAAGCAGUGAAGGAGACAGGAAUUGAGAGGGAAAGGGAGAAUGGUGUACCCUUCAUUUGUUCUGAAAUGAAACUGAUGAUGCCAGUUGUAAAUGGGGUAUUGUCCUCUCCCCCCUUGCAGUUCUCUUGCGAGCCCCGAAGUCGACUUGUCUAGUCUGCAGUAAUGGGGACUAACAUGACCCAAAUAGCAUCUAGAAAGCCAUGAGUUUGAAAGAGCCAGUCAUAGGCACUUUCCCACCCAAUUACCCAGGUCAUAAGGUAUGUCUGUGUGACCCGAUCUCUGUGUCUAUCAGCACACACACACACACACACACACCACAUACUGGUAAAAGGACAAUAGUGUGCAGGUGGUCACACUUUCUUUUUCUGCACCACUUUUACAACAAGACAAAACAAAACCAAUAUUAAAAAAAUUGAGAACAGGAAUGGGAAGAGCGAAAGAUCAAGGGAAAAAGAAUACCAAGUUACAUUUCGUUAAGGUGCUUAUGAUCUUAGAACUAUGCAACCUAAUAGGUUUGAAACUGUUUACCUGAGAGAGAACAAAAAGAGAGACUUUUUUGUAUUGGAAGUAACCUGAUUAAUUUUUAUUUUCUUCAAGGAGAGAUACUUGAAAGGAAUAUGUUUGUCCAUCUGUUGGAUCCAAACAUUUCUAUAUUUUGUAAAUGUUGUUUUUUUUUUAUCGUUUACUAUUUGCACUACAAUGGUGUUUGACCUGUCUAAUCCUUAUUUAACAAGUAUUUUCUUUGG